CCAAUGUAAAUUUUUGUGCAUCUGCCUAUCAUGCAGGACAAUAUCAUAAAGGAGUCCGAGCGUAUUUUACAGAGCUGGACUCUACAGGGGCGAAAUUAUUUAGUUACGGGUGGCGCGAAAGGCAUCGGUCUCGCCACUGUCAAAGCCUUGCUCGCGCAUGGGGCCAAGACGGUUCUGUUCUGCUCACGGGGAUUUUGCCUGGACCUUGUUACGUCUCUGCAAGAAGCGUACCCACAGUCGUCUAUUGUUCAUAUUUCAUGCGACGUAUCGACCUCAGACGGACGUGAAAAUCUUAUAAAGGCGGUCGGGGAGCAUGUGAUGAAUUUGCACGGCCUCGUCAACAACGUCGGUCUGAACGUUCGAAAGCCUAUAACAGAACAAACAACAGAAGAAUAUCAAAGUAUGAUGCGUACAAAUGUCGACUCGGCGUAUUUUUUGUCCAAGGCUUGCUUGCCAUUGUUUGAUCCAAUCGGUGCCACGAUUGUGAACAUAUCGUCUGCGGCCGGGGUACAGAGUUCGGGCACUGGAAUCGUUUACGCCAUGUCUAAGGCCGCGCUCAACCAGUUCACCAGGACGCUUGCCUGCGAGUGGGCUUCCCGAAAUAUUCGAGUUAAUGCGGUUACACCGUGGAUGACCAUGACACCAAUGCUAGAAGAAGCCGUGCAAAAGAAUCCCACGCAACUCGACAAAGUAAAAGAAUGGACUCCAUUACAUCGUUUGGGGCGAGCUGACGAGAUCGCUAACCCUAUCGCAUUUCUCUGCAUGCCCGCUUCGAGCUACAUCACUGGACAGAUCCUUGGUGUGGAUGGUGGCUUGACUGCGCAAGGUUUUGACGGGCCGUGCGUAACUCCCGAAGACUAGAAAGGGUCAGAGUCGUAGACGAAUGUAAAC